CCCACACUGGCGAAGAACAAUUUGUGCAAUGAAGAAACUGUCAACAGCACGAAGGUGCUCAGUGUCUGCUGUCCGUCGGUUAUGAAUAGCAGAACCUGCGGCAUUCAAGGAGAUGAUCGAAUAUCCAAAGGCCAAGUGGCAAAGCCGUUCGAAUUUCCGUGGAUGGCACUACUACGGAACAAACAAGGCGAAUUUGUUUGCGGCGGAACGCUCGUCAGCAGUCGAUUCAUCCUCACUGCUGCCCACUGCAUAAGGUACAGAUACAUCGUAUCGGUAAGGUUAGGAGAAAACGACAUCAACCAAGACGAGGAUUGCAUAGUUCUUGAUGGCGAGAAAGAAUGCACCCUUCCACCGCAGGAUAUUGCAGUUGAACAGGAAAUUCUACAUCCGGAAUAUAGCGAAAGACACAAGAAGAAUGACAUAGCUCUUCUUCAAUUGCAGAAAGCAGCUACCUUGCACCACAGUGUUCAACCGAUUUGCCUCCCAGACGGAACCCCUGGUCAGCGGAUGCUGGAACCAACGUCUUACAUCGUGUCCGGCUGGGGUUUGACGACCGAGCAUGGUACAGCGUCGAACGUGCUUAGAUACGCUGUGAUUCCAUCUGUCACACUGGAGAGGUGUGCAGUAAGCGUGCGCAAUUUAGUUGCUUGGGUGCGACUGGACGAGAGCCACUUUUGUGCUGGUGAAGUUGACCAGAUGGACAACUGUUCCGGCGACUCCGGUGGACCGCUGCAGUACAUUUCCAAUAGAACGUCCCGGUUUGUCCAGCAGGGUGUAGUUGCAUUUGGAAUUAAGUCCUGUGGAGAGAAAAGUGAACCGGGAGUGUACACCAACGUGGGGUAUUUUAUCAGUUGGAUUUUUAAACAUGUGGAUGAGUAGCGAUGAACUUUCGUUAACAUA